GUCUGUCCGGGGGGUGUGUAAAUUUGUGUGUCUGUCCGGGGAUGACAGCCUGGCUAGCUGGGCACUCACAGCUCCCGCGCUCUCGCUCCCGUCACACCCCGCGCUGCCGUGGGGCUCCAACCAGAUUGCGGGCGGACCCGCUGGCAGGAGCCGCCCGUCGUGCCGGCCCCAGGACUGGAGCUGGCGCGUCCCUCCCACGGCUCAGCUCGCCCCGCCCCGCCCCGGAGGUGCCCGGCCAGCUGUAGUAGGAUGGUAGCUCACACUCGAUGGAUCCCAGACUUGCUCAGAGCUGAGGAGCUCAGGUGACCUUUGGAGUCAAGGAUCCUGGAGCGGCAUUUCCUCCCCUAGCAUGGGCCUUUCAUUCCUGGUUUGCCUCUCCCUGGGGUUCAUGCUCACUGGAGUUUCUUUCAGCACUUGGCAGUGCCCGCGGAUUCCCUAUAAUGCUACCAGGGACUUCACCGUCAAGUACGAGCUGCCCAGCUUCACCGCGGAUGGCCCCAUCCAGAACAUUGUCACCUACAAGGAUCCGAGCGGAGCAGCUGCCCUCUUUGUGGCGGUGCGGAACAAGAUCUACGUGGUGAGCCCAGCACUAGCAAACUCAUCCAUCAUCGUGACCGGCCCCGUUGGCAGUGCCCAGUGCGAGAUCUGUGCCCAGUGCCCGGAGCAGGGAGCCGGCCAGAAGCCUGAAGACACAGAUAACGUGGUUCUGGUGCUGGACCCAUCUGAGCCGUGGCUAUACAGCUGUGGUACUUCUCAGCAUGGCCGGUGUUUCUUGCACGAAUUGGAAAUCCAAGACAGCCUGGUGGUGGUUAGUGCCACCUACUGUUUGUAUUCAGCGAACAACAGUCCUGCUGAGUGCCCAGACUGCGUGGCCAGCCCCUUGGGGACGAGGGUUCUGGUGACUGAAACCAGCCAUGUUUCUUACUUCUACAUUGCCUCUACCAUCAAUAGCAGUAUAGCUGCGAGGUACAGCCCGGAAUCGGUGUCUAUCCGGAGACCGAAGGCUACCUUGGAUGGGUUCUCCCAUGUUUCCCGUUCCCUCAACGUGCUGUCAGAGUUUCAGGACUCCUACCCCAUCAACUACGUGUAUUCGUUCAGUGCCCAGGACUUUGUGUACUUCCUGACUGUCCAAAAGGAGAGCCCCAUGUCCGGAUCGUACCACACGAGGCUGGCGCGGCUGAGUGCCGAGGAGCAUGACAUGCAUCGGUACCGUGAGCUGGUCCUGGAUUGCCGCUUCGAGUCCAAGCGCAGGCGGAGGCAGAGCUCGGACAGGGAGCAUAAGCGCGAUGUGGCUUUCAACGUGCUGCAGGCAGCCCAUGUGGCCAGGCCGGGCCCAAAACUGGCCCAGGAAAUCAGCGUCAACAACACCGACCUGGUCCUGUUUGGUGUGUUCGCUGAGAGUGAGGCAGAGAGCUCCAUGCCGCGCUGGUACUCAGCGGUGUGCGCCUUCCCUGUGCACCAGAUCAACCAGGCCAUUGAGGAUGGGAUGUCCAAGUGCUGUGGUGUUGCCCAGCGUGAGCUGCUGCGAGGGCUCAGCUUCUUCCAGGCCGUUGAGUACUGCCCCCACAACGUGAACCUCUCAUCUCCGGUGGUGGAUACCAGCUGCUGGAACAAGCCCACCCUGGUCACCAUGGCCCCCUACAAGGUGGAUCUGUUCAAUGGGCACAUGGCCGGAGUUCUGCUAACUUCGAUCUUCGUGGAGGCCCAGGGCAAUGUGACGGUCGCCCACCUGGGCACGGCGGAGGGGCGCAUCAUGCAGGUGGUGCUUCAGCGAUCCAGCUCCUACACUGUCACCUUGGCUAAUUUCUCCCUGGGCAAGGAGCUGCCGGUGCUGAGGGAGGUUGGCCGGCUGGAGGACUCUCUGUUCUUCGCCACUGGAAACAAGGUGUUUAAAGUUGCCCUCACCGGCCCAGGCUGCCGCCACUUCGUGACAUGCCAGCGCUGCCUGCAGGCAGAGCGCCUCAUGCAGUGCGGCUGGUGCGGGGGUGCGUGCACUCGGCAGAAGGACUGCGCGGCACUAUGGAACGAGAAGAGCUGCCCUCCUGUCCUCACUGACUUCUACCCCCGAAGUGCCCCCUUGUAUGGCCGCACCCGGGUGACACUCUGUGGGAUGGGCUUCCAGUCGCAUCCGCACUUCACUGCCGCCAUUUGGUCCCCCGUGGCCAGCAGCACCUACUGGGUGACGGUGGGGCAGAGGAACUGCACUGUGCUGCCUGAGAAGAGCCUGGACAGGAGGCCCCCCGUGCUGCCCCGCAGCACGGCUGCUGUGGACGUGCUGGUGUGCGAGCUGGAGCUAAACAGCACCCAGGCGGUGUCGGUGCCUGUCAUGGUUCAGCUCACCAUCAAGGAGCAGACGAGGGACCCGCUCUUCCACGUCAGUGGCUCCUCAUCCCUCAGUGGCUUCGUCUUCGUGGUACCGAACAUCACAGCCAUCCACCCUGCAUACGGUCCGAUGGCUGGCGGGACCCAGCUCUCUAUCCGGGGCCGAAACCUGACUGUGGGCAGCAGCUGGAGAGUGACGCUCGCAGGGGUGGAGUGCCCCAUGGCAGGGCAGCAGAGCCCCACUGAGAUCCGCUGCACCAGCCCUGCAGCCAGCAACCUGCGCUCUGUCCCCGUGGACCUGUGGAUAGAUGGGCAGCAGUUCCCUGCCCUGGAGCCAUUCCAGUACCGCCCAAACCCCGUCCUCCAUGACAUCUCCCCCACCUGCGCCUAUGAGGGUUCGGCCCUCACCAUCCACGGCACCAGCCUGGACUCCGUGUAUUACCCCAGAAUCCAGUUUGUGGAUGCCAGUGUGGCGACAGAAGCUAAGGUGUGCAUGGGGCCACGCUCCCCCGAGCAGCUGGUGUGCCAGAGCCCUGCCUACCCCUUCGCUAACAGAGUGGAGAGCGCCCAGGGCAACCUGACCGUGCUGCUGGACGGCUCUCCUGGACUCAGGGCCUUCUGCGUGCGUUACUACCCCACGCCCCAGAUCCUGCCCUUCGAGCACGACAACACUUACCACCUCAAGUCUGGUGACGACGAGAUUGAGAUCCAUCAAAUCGGGCUGGACGUGUUGGUGGGCUGCAUGAGCAUCACCGUGACGGUGGCGGGCCGGGACUGCCACCCCAGUGUCCUGAAGAACGAGGUGACCUGCCGGAUCCCCAGGAACCUGAGCCUCCCCAUGGACGGAGCCCCUGUGCAGAUCUGUGUGAAUGGUGCGUGUCAGGACCUGGGCUGGGUGGUGGCCACCUUCUCCCCGGACCCCCUGACUGGCAUCCUCCUGGGCACCAUCACCACCUUCAUGUUCAGCUGCCUCCUGGCGUUCCUGGUGCUGAAAUGCAGACGCAGGAGGAAGAUGGGGACCGAAAAUUUGGAGAUGCUGGUGAAUCCCAAUGAGAAUGCCCCCAGAUUCGCCCUGCUACCCUCUUCCAUGGACUACCGGGAUGUGCAGGCGGUGCUUCCCCCAGCCACCACUCCCAGCCGUGGCUUUGCCAGCAGGCGCUUCCGAGAUGCCUCCUACACAGGCAGUAGUGAUGGUUCUGCCAUGCCGCUCGUGAGGAUGCCAUCCUGCUGCAUCGAAAACCUCCGUCCCGAGCUGCUGGAGGAGGUGAAGGAUGUCCUGAUCCCAGAGGAGCGGCUUCUAACACACCGGGACCAGGUCAUUGGCAAAGGGCAUUUCGGGAGCGUGUACCACGGCACGUACAGAGAUCUGUCAGAGAGGGAGAUCCACUGUGCUGUCAAAUCCCUGAACCGGAUCACUGACGUGGAGGAGGUGGAGGAAUUCCUGAAGGAGGGGAUUCUCAUGAAGAGCUUCCAUCACCCCCACAUCUUGUCGCUGGUGGGUGUCUGCCUGCCGCGCCAGGGAUUGCCCCUGGUCGUGCUGCCCUACAUGAAGCACGGAGAUCUCCGGCACUUCAUCCGCUCCAACAAAUGGAACCCAACGGUGAAGGACCUGAUCGGUUUUGGGCUGCAGGUGGCGCAGGGCAUGGACUAUCUGGCCCACAUGAAGUUUGUGCACAGGGACCUGGCCGCCAGGAAUUGCAUGCUGGACCAGAUGUUCACAGUGAAGGUGGCGGAUUUCGGCCUGGCCCGGGAUGUCUUUGAUAAGGAGUAUUACAGUAUUCGGCAGCACCGUCAGGCCAAGCUGCCUGUCAAGUGGAUGGCGCUCGAGAGCCUGCAGAUCCAGAAAUUCACUACCAAGUCAGAUGUGUGGUCCUUCGGGGUCCUCCUGUGGGAGCUGCUGACACGUGGGGCCCCACCGUACCCUGAGGUGGAUCCCUACGACAUAAUGCCCUACCUGCUGAGCGGCCGGCGCCUGCCGCAGCCCGAGUACUGCCCGGACUCGCUGUACGCGUUGAUGCUGAGCUGUUGGGCUCCAAGCCCCGAGGAGCGCCCCACCUUCUUUGCCCUGAUCGGGGAGGUGGAAUGCAUCAUGGCCUCCCUGAAGGGCGAGCACUACAUCAACUUGAGCGCCACCUACGUCAACCUGGAGCCCGGCCCGUCCAGCCCGCCAGUGCCUGACUCUGAGGACGAGCUGGCCUCCAGCGGAGAGGAGGGUGAAGCAGCUGCUGCAUGUUAGGGAGUGCUCUCCGCCCUGUGGGGCACCAGGAACACAGUCGGAGCUGGCUGGGGAGACCUGGGCUGGGCAGCAUGUCAGGGGGCUGUGGCAACACGAUGGGAAGAGGUGCCAGCACCUGGCUGGGCUCCCAUUGGCACUGCCCGGCUGGGGUGUUGGAACGGGGAUGCUGACCACUGUUGUUUUUCCACCUGAUAUUUAUUGUGUAGCGAAGAGAUACAGGGACUAUUUUAAUACAAAGGAAAUGUCAAAACCAA